CCCGGAGUGUAUUCUGAGCCUGGCUGCUCAGUAAGUCCGGCUACUUACGCACUUCCUAGCGAGGAGACUGUACUCCGGUUAGGGAAGCGGGUUCUGUCGGGUUUACAGGCGGUCUUUACCGCAAGGAGGCGGUCUUUUUGGACGAGGGCCGUCCUUUUUUUUGCAAGGGUGGGUGGAUGUUUUGGCAAACCCACCUUUCUCAUUGUUUAGGACACUUUGGAAUGUGAUGGUUUGAUCCUGCAGUGUGGGGAGGGGGAACAGAGAGAGAGAGAGAGAGAGAGCGAGAGUGGGGAAAACCUCCAGUGUUUGUGCUAUUGGCGUGCUGAACUUGUAAAAGGACUUUUUAAAGUGCGAUCCUGUCUCUUUUGGGUCAUACACACUGAGCUGAUUGUUUGAGAGGGAUAUUGCGUCUUUCCCAUAUGGCAAGGCCCCAGGACUGACCAUAUUAAAAAUGAAGAUUCAAAUCUUUGCAUCUGUGAAUUUUCAAAUUAUGCAGCAGUAACUCCUACAGGUCUGUAUAUUCAUCUUGACAGCGAACCCUAAGGAUGAAAAGGCCAAAUUAAAAAAAUAACACAGAAGACUGGAUUACAACGACCUGUUACCUUGGUUUGUGUAUCAAAUAUCCGUGUGAAAAAAGGAUAAAAAGGGGAACAAAAUAAAGGACAAAGAUACAAUUCAGAAAAAAGACUUCUCAUUAGUGCAACAAGAAAACCUAUUGUAAAAAAAAAAAAAAAAAAAGUGCCCAAACGCACUACCACGCAAAUGUGGUCGUCUGGGAAGACUGUCCAGUAAAAGCAGCCAUGGCUGACGUUACAAGCUAUAAGGAUACUACGAGCCGCCAUCUGCGGCACAAACUGCAGAGCCUCGGUCGCCGUCUGGAUGAGCUUGAGGAAGCUACCAAGAACCUGCAGAAAGCCGAAGAUGAACUUCUGGACCUCCAGGACAAGGUCAUCCAGGUGGAAGGCAGCAACUCCAGUCUGCUCAACGAUGUGGACGCUAUGCGUAAACGUGUCCUGAAAAUAGAGGGCAAGGAUGAGGAAGUCAGGAAGGCAGAGGAACUCUGCAGGCUCUUCAAUGAGAAGAUGGAGGCAGAGGAAAAUAUGACUAAAGAGCUGAAGACCGAAACCGAAAGGCUUCAGAGAAGGAUGGCCGAAAUGGAGAAGCUGGAAGAAGCCUUCACCAAGAGUAAGUCAGAUUGCACCCAGCUCUGUCUGAGCUUGAAUGAGGAGAAGAACCUGACCAAGAAGCUUGCCUCUGAGCUGGAGACGUUUAAAGCACGGCUGAAAGAGAUUGAGUCUUCCGAGAGCAGGCUGGACAAGGCCGAGCAGAGCUUGAUGGGCGAGCUGGAAAAGCUAAAGUCGUUUGCAUUGAGUUUCGUCAAUGAGAGGAAGAGCUUUCUGGAGAAGCAGAAGCAGGACGAGCAGCUGAUACAGGAGCUGACCCAGAAACUGGAACAAAACAAUAGGAUCAACGUGGCAGACCAAAGCAGGAAUGCAUCCAAUCUCCUCCAUCACUCCUCAGAGAUUGGGGAUCUCCGGAUAGAAGAUGAUCUUUCCCCGGGCUUGACAACCAAGGUUGGUAUGAGGAAGAAGAGUCUUGACUACUUGAAGCUGUCGGAUGACGUGGGUCUGCGAAACAAAUCUGAGAACAUAAAGAACAGUAGUGAGGGCCAGGAGGACAACAAGGUGAAGGAUCUCAACCAGGAGAUUGAAAGACUCAAAAACCGCCUGAAGCAGCUCGAAUUGGUUGAGGAGGAACUCAAAAACACAGAGGCCAAGAACAGAGAGCUUCAGGAGAAAUUCCAGAUGGAGAAAAACCACAGCAAAGCCCUGAGCGAUCAGAUGGAACAGUUGAAGGUGCUGCUUAGCGGUGCUAAAAUCCUUGAGAAUGGCAAAGCAGAGAAUGAGGAAAUUAAUGUCCGGGGAGGCUUCCGGCAGGAAAAGCCCAAGUACAGGAGCGGGGCAACAGAUCAGUCGGUCUCCAAGUACAAAACCCGAGAACUCUCUCCUCAGCAGAGAAGGGAAAGGAUAAGGAACAGAGACUACAGUCAACCAGAGGAGAGCUCUCCUAAAUCUGUCCGCAGGGCUCUUAGUCCUAGUUUGAAGAGCAGAAGGGCUGGGAAAGCUGGCACAACAGCAUCGAUUGAGGCCGGGGUCAAGGAAAGGGGAAGGGGAGUGGAAGAAAAAGCUGUGACUUCCAGCUACAUGUCCACAAGCACAUCCCAGAAUGAGGUGAAGAAAACAAAGGAGCUGCCUUCAGUUCUCAGUCGCUACCCUCCGGCUGCUAAUGUCCAGAGUGUCCAAAAGCCUUGGAAAGCAUCUUCUAAAACCAAUGAGAGUGAUGGCAAAAACCGGGCAGAGAGGUUGUACUCUGGAAGCGACCUUGAAUCCGUUAAAACUGAUACACUUUUGGAGAAGCCAAAUAAAUCUGCCAGUGCACUACUCUCUGAAAAGCAGAAUACAAAGGCAUGUUCUCUGGAUCAGCCAGUGGAGAGACUGGCGUCAACCCCUGUUUCCAAGUCCAACGGGUCAGUCCUGUCUUACCGUUCUCAUUCAGCUGCUUUACUACUGCAGGAUAAUAGGUCUGAGAGCCCAUCUUCGGCCUCUGAGACUGAAUCCACAGGAUCCAGGCGCUUGUCCUCCCUGGGUGAGUUCGAUCCAGCCCCUGAGGUGACUGCGUUAAGUGGUAGGUCGUCUGUGUCCUCGAAGUAUACUCGCUAUGCCAGACUGCAGGAUUCUGUUUCAGAAGGAUCAUCCACUCGAAGUUCCUUUGAGGAAGAAACAGCCAGAGCCACGGCCACUGAAGGCAUGUCUUCGGAAGCAACACACACCCCGACAGGGAUUGAGAUCCGUAGAGUGUGUAGCCCAAGGGAGUCGCUGAGAUCCAAAGCAGUCAUCAAGCCAGCCAUUGUGGAGAUUGACUGUAAGGAGGUUAUGAGUGGUACUGGGGUGGAGCCAUUGAUUCCAGAAAACAAAUCCAGAACCUCCACCAAAUCAGUGAGCAAGAUGUCUAGUAGCAUUACCAUAUACCCCUCCGAGCCAACAUUUACUCGGUCCAGCUGCAGCAGUAGCAAUAGCAGCGAUCCACCGAAGGAAAGGCAUACCUCUACCAGCAAUAUAGUGAUAACUCCAAGGGAGUCCCCGAAUACUGUAUCCAUACCCUACGAGAUCUCUAUCCCCAAGAGUGAAUUCACUCUAAAAUCCUCAGAGGAGGCCGAGGAUGAACUUCCAGCAGAGGACAAGAUAGAAGCUCAGGUCUCCAGGAGCUCGUUCACCAUCAAGGCCCUGGAACCGAUGGAGAAUAACAAUAAUGAGACGUCCUUUGAGAGCGGCAGCAGCAGCGGCAGCAGCGGCAGCAGCAGCAGCAGCUGGAGGAGCCACCAGUCUACCAGGGAGGAGAACACUCCAGAUGUGAAGAACGUGACUGUGAGGAGCACCUGGAGGACCAAGCAAGGGGCAUUCUCCGCUGAUGAGGGCAAGGGACCCAAGAGUGAUGCCGGCGACGAGGACUCUGACUCCUCCAGUACGUGGAGGGCUUAUCGGGCCACCACCGUCCUGGACGGGGAGGAGACCAGCCACACCUCUAAGCCCAGCCCUGCUGAGCUGUACAUGCGGAGGAUAAACAGCACUGUGGGUCCCUGGGAACCACCAGAACCGGUGAGAAGGAGCAAAACCGAGAGCCUCCUGAGGAAGAGCUACACCCAAGCCCAUGAGCCAAUAACCGCGCAGGAGCUGUCCUAUAGGAACCGCCCAAAGUCACCGGCAAGAGAGGACAGCACAGACCUAUUGGCCACCUCCCGAAGAAGGCAGUCUCCAUCGGACCUGGGCUCUGUGAGCAAGAGGCAGUUCUCCAAUCACGAGCUGUGUCCGAGCCAAGGGGGGAUAUCCAGCCGGCCCCUGAGCAGCCGGUCUGAGGGGAGGGGCUCCACGGGACGAACCUGGAACCACCGGCAAGCCGACAACUAAACCAGCCGCCCCUGUUCACCGGGUUUUCCCCCCAUUCCAGGUGCCCUUGGGGAAGACAUCUCCAUCAUACAUCGUUCUUUUGAGUAGCACCUCUCGCCUUUCUGAAAGAAAAUAUUCCUGAGAUACUGUUGUCAUAUUGUUUUUGCCCAUUCCACAGGAAAUGGCACUUGUAUAUUUUUCUAGGAACUAUUCUCCAUGGAUGUAGUUUUACCAGCUGAUAGAUACAUACAACCUGCAUACAUAUGUAUUGUAUAUCUAAAUAUAUAAAUGUGUGUGUUUAUUUUCUUGACUAGGGAGACCUUUGCAUAUCCAUCACUCAGGAGAAACUCUCACAAUAGGACUCAUUACAGUCGGAACUGGCAAUAAGGCACCUGUUGCUGAUUCACACUUUGGGCUUUUAUUUUGAACUGCAAGGACAAAAGGCACGUUAUCAGGGGAGGAAUACAUUCAUUUAAAUGGUGUACUACUUAAAUAAUGCGCGAUUACUGCGUUAUUGAAAAUCUCAUUCACAAUCAUGUUCUCGGCACAGGUUCGCUUGUGCAUAAGGAGUAAGACUAGGGUAGCUAAUUAUGCAUCGUUAUAAUUGUUGAAUUCCUCAUAGAAAAUGUGCUUUUGCAACUGCCUUAAAAUAGGGCUCUUUUGUACUUAAAGGCAGAGGUUACUGACCAGAUGUGGGAGUCAGAAUUGACCAAACGCAGGGAGCGAAUUACUUCUUUUUUUAAAGAAUUUUUAUUUUUUAUUUUUUUUUAUUUCUUGUAAUUGUUUGAAUGAUUGCAAAGUUUCACAAGUCUCUUUGUUUGUGUUCUGUAACUAAAAAAAGACUUUGUAUAGAUAUACUACAAUAGACGAAGGACUUUUCUAUAAUAAAAUGCACUGGCAUAUCCGAUACAGGAACUCCAACACUGAAGUACAGGAAUGCACAGUUUAAACACCACUAAAUGUAAUGUAUAGCAAGCAUAACACACACACACACUGUUAUAAAAUAGAAAACAAGCAAAAUAGGACCUUUUUGCAAAGAGAUGUGUUUUAAGCAUUGCUGUGUAAUGCAUAUUGAAAAGACCAACCAUUUAAAGUCAACAGUAAUGCAACUGAAUUAUUCUUCAUAUGAAUAUUAGUACUGAUUUGUUACAGUGGAUUUAUUAAAAUGGAUUUAUCUAAAUGCAUUAUUACAUUCAAAUAAUUCCAUUAGACCAUUUAAAGUGAAUUGUUUUUAAAUGUAUUUGUGCAAUAUAUAAUGUGUCUUCCUUUGUGGAGACUUAAAGAGUCUUGGCUUUGUGAGCUGUAGAACAACGUUAUACACUUGCUUCACUAGCAAUGUUUGAAUAGUAGCCACAGUAGAAUCUCAGAAUUCCCAGUCAGUGUGUGCUGAAGAUUGCUAAUGCAGUUCUACAUUCUUAGCUUAGUUCUGGUUGGUGGAAAUUGGGAUCAAUUGCAGUUAGAAAGGGUUGGUGUUCCAGAAGGUUAAGCACCUAAUAAAACAAAAUACAAUAUUGAAACAAUUUUAAACAAAUUGUUUAAAUAAACUUUAUAUAAAUUGGAAGCACUGAAAAGGAUUUUAACUAAAACCUUUUUGACAGUUUGCCAAUGUUAAAUUAUGCUAAUCAAGCAAUUAGUGUCAAUUUAAUGACCAGUGAAACUAUCCUCACCUCACUAUUACAUUGAUAACUGAUGAUUUCCAACUCCUGUCUCACAGUAGAGGAAUGGUGGACCUGGAUGGAACCCCCUGCAGUGUUACAAAAACACAUUAGAUAUUUUGAAAUUAAAUGUAGGCAUUAUUCUGAUGUACAAGCAACACCUCUGGGGACUCCUGAUAUCAUACUAUUGGCUUUACUAACUGGUUGAAGAAGGUUAAUACUCUUUUGCUUUCAAAUAAUGAAUCACAUUCUUCCACUGAAAAUCUUUAGGGUGUGAUGUUGCCAUGAGCAUGUACGUUUUGUCAAGCCUGUGUCUUCUGUAAUUCGCUCCUUGCUGUCCUUUGCCACAGCAUUUUGCUUUGCUUAUCCAAGUACAGUAAAUGGCUUCUUGAAACUCAAUAAAGAAAUCAACAUUCUGAAAGUCCCUUGAAAUCUAGGGAAUGGUUCAGCCAUGAUUUGAGAUGAUCUGUGAUUAAAAUGUAGCUUUGUGGUCAGAGGUCUUUCUGAAUUAAUGUACUGUAGACUGUUAGCAAUCUGAGUUCAAAUGGAGGUCAUUGCACCGCCAUGGAUUCCCAUACUCUGGCUUUCCUGUGUUUCCUGGGACUCCACAUUGUCAGCAAUGCUUAGCUGACGUGAUUCCUUGCAAUCCUGUAUUCUCCUGAUGGGGUUGCCACUGUCAAAACCUGCGUUUCUGCAAACCUAACAAACUACAAAAAACCCUCUUCCAUCUCCUGGUCCUCUUUGGCAGUUGUUUUGCACAGUGCGCAGACCCACAAGGACCACCAAAUGGAGUGUUUGCAGUGCGAACUCCCUGAACUGUGUGUGGUUAUUUUUAAAUUAAUUUUAUUUAACAGUCUGUGUAGAUACCUUUGGGCAUUGCAGGAGGAUAUUUCACACAACACUGUGCCAUACAAUUUAAAGAACGUCAAUGCAAAUCUUUAUUAUCCAGAUCUUGUAUUUAAUUUUUGUCCUUUCUGCAUGGACCCUUAAGGAGCUAGCACACUGGUUUGUUUCUCCUUAAUAAAGAGGUUCAGCUGUAGUGUCUUCACCCUUGGGUUGUUAUUUGAAUUCCUCUCACAAGACAUCUGCGGAAAGUCAGUCAGACUCCAGCUCUAAAGCUGAUGAUAUUAUUCCUGUAAACUCUACUGUUCAAGUGACAAACUCCCAUCUGUGUUGCAUCAUUCUCCAUAAACAAAGACCACCAUGUAUGUUAUCGAAAGCCAAUGUCUAGACUUUCAUUCGUGGUGACCUGACCAUGGAUUCCACUUGGGUGUUAACACUUUUUCGACGGUUGCAAGUAUCUUUAAUGUUAAGACCUGUGGAAAAAUCUGCUUAGAUUUUUAGUACCGCCCAGUUGCCAUGUUCAGAGUAAUAACCUUACAUCAAGAAUGUCUUGUAAAUGGACACUAGUUUAAUUGUGAACUACCCUACUACUACAGGGCGAUGGCUGGACAGAGGAGCUGGGAACCAAAAACUAGCCAAAAUACAAGGGAGCUACAUAUGGCAAAACCCUAAGGAGGAUAAAUCAGAAAGCGAUUGCUGGCGGGUAUUAUUUAAUAAUCCCCUGUUUCUCAUCCAUUCAUUUCAGUUACAGUUUAAAGAAAAGCGUUUAAUUUGCCAUACUUCUGAUAGUAGGAGUGUGUGCAAUCCCCCCAGCUGUAUAAUAAUUCUAACCAGAAGGCCUCUGUGUUUGUCUGUUAAAGACCAGGAGCCACCCUGGACAUGCCUCAAGCUUUGCCUUGCAGACUUGUCAAAGCUGAUUUGUAUCCAUAUGAAUUGUUAAUUAUGAAAACGCUGGUUUUCCCCACCGUUUAAAAAAAAAAAAAAAAAAUUCCUUCUCGUAAAUAAACUGUAAUUGUAUCCUAUCGGGAUUUCAGCUUCUGCUUUCAGUAUUUAUAUUCUUCCACUAAAAUGAGGUUUGGGGUAUGGCUGUCUUACAGUCCUGUGAGAGGUGGCUGGUUCUGUACUAAAUUAUAUCGGUCCUCUUGUCUUCAUUUUAACCAGUGUGCACGGGAAUGAGAAAAAUGUUCUGCAACUUUUCUUAAAUGAAAUUCCAGUAAAUCUUACCUAAUAUUCAUGAACUAGCUUCUCAUGGAGAUGUAGAGUGUGCAAGAGCAAUGGUCAUGGAUUGCUAUGAAAAAACCAUUAGAAAGUAACAUACCACAAUGUCAUCUUCUUUCAUAUAGGAACAUGUGAGAGCUGUGAAGUGUUAUUUGGUUUGAUUUACUGGAAUUAUGGUGAUGGCUCUAGACACCCCCAGUUUCUUUGGAUGCAAAUCAUAUUGGUAUACACAGCCUUGUGAUCUCCAAUCUUUUUCCAUAACCCAGCUCUAGGAAUUUCUAAUUAGGAGCAAUUCACUUUCUUCACUUUGAUGAUAAUAAAAGAAAAACACAAGGUGGAUUGACUCUUUUGAAACCCCAGCUUCUCAAAGCAUGGCUUUAAAUCCACAGUAUUCAUUUCUACAAUGGUAAGCCUACUGUAUUUUAUUCCUACUAAGUCAAGUACUGCUGUUUCGCUGCUUUAGCUUACAGAGUUGGCAAGCAUUGCUGAUAUAUGGCCCCUGGGUGCAGAAAGGUUGCAGGUCACGGCUGUAGCUAAUCAUGGAUUUCCCCUGAAAUGUUGGAUAUAAAUACCAGGAAGCAAGACUCUUUGGCAGCUUUCGCUCCCUCAUAUUCUAUAUCUGUUAGUUUAUACAGUCCACUGGGAGGCUGCUACACUGUGACGUAAAAAUAGACCCUACUGCACUGUAUAUGUCACUGUUCUACAAUGUCACCCAACUGCCCUGUAAAAAUUCUGUGUGUGGCUAAAUCGUUUCUGGCUGUAUAUUGAGAUAAAUGUAGCCUGUAGUUAUGUGUCUCAUUGAGGUCUUUAAACAGAGUCUUCAUUGGGCACCACCAUCCUCCUCAUUCUAGGUGCAAUACGAUAAUGAUGCAUUAUGGUGGCUGCAAAAUAAUUUAAGCACUGUGUAACUUGGGAUUUCCAAUGAGAUUUUGUCAAUUAAAAUAAGAACUAAAGGAACUUUCCCCCUAAUUUAUAACACGACCUUGACACACGUAACCAGCUGCUUUGUAUGAUAGAAAAUCAACAACGAUGAACUACUGUUAUAACGAAAUAUGAUGGCUCAUGACUUUAUACCUACAAUAUUCUGUCCUUCAGAACUUCUUGACGAAUGACAAGUAGCGGUAUUGAUUCUUUCAUUUUGAACUAAUUAACCUCUAGCGUGAUGAACAAUGGUGCCUUUUACAUUUAAAAUGAAAUAUUCAGUGAUCUAGCGGCCUUUUGUUGGCUUUGAUGGAGUGAGGAUAAACAUGGUGCCAAUUGCAAGAAAAAAUCGAUUGGCAGCACAGAUUGGGUAGUUCAGUGGGUCCACUGAAGGGAGGGACACUUGGCCUCUCGUGUGAAACGACAGUUGGUGAUAGCUCUUGGACGUGACCUUGGAGCGAUCCACUGUAAUAAGCAGGAAUCUGACAACCGAAUAGAGGAAUACCAGUCCCAAGCAGGCUGGCAGAUGGUGCUGCACCACUAAUAACGUGUUCAAUGGAAAUGCACUGCAUGCUUUCAGAAACUUAAAAAAGCACAGAAGUACAUGUCAGUAGUUGAAUCUAGUAGCUCCACACAGCGGUUUUCAAACUCCUCUUUCUCCACGAAUUCAUGAGCGUUUGAGGGACAUUUUGCCACUGUUUGGUUUACAGGCAAGGGAUGUUCCAACAAACUCCCACAGACCUGUCAAGCAAUACUGGAGGCACAGUAUCAAGACCUACUGAUUGGACUGCAGUAGCAAUACAGCCCUGUUUUUUAUGAGCCUACAUCAGCCUACCUUACAUUCCUAUAUGAGCACUUCACAAACCCAUUUUGGGUGGUUCAGUUCAGGAUGGCUGCGAACGACACUGGCGUUGAAAGGGCAUGGCAUAGUUUGACAAGAUGCUUGACUGCUGGUUGAAAAACCGUUGAAAAUAUCAUGUAUUGGCUUGGCAGCCCUUGGAAAGGACAGGAUACAUGAUCAGGUAAGAGAAGUCCUGUUCAAACUGAACUAUAGGUCUUUAUAAGCGGUCAUUAGAAAAUGAAUCAUGUUUUUGAUUACUGCAGUUGGUAUUCAGUAUGUGUGGGGCAUUUAUUACAAUUUACAUUCUAUAUGAGAUUAGGUAACUGAGUAUUCCACAUUGUCCUAAUAUAUUUAUUAUUAUUAUAUUUCUAUUCAAUAUAAUUCAGGAUACCUUGCCUGUUGGUAGGGACUGGUGUGUCUUUCCUUGACAUUAGGUAAUUAUUGUAUUAAACUAAGAAUGUUUCUGGCCAGUUUCACAGACUCCAGUUGACAGUAAUCUCAGACAUUAGUCAGGGACCGAGAAGAAUAUGGAUUGCCAAGAAUGUGUAAAUAGUCUGUGAUCACUAGCUAACCCAGUAUUAUAGCCCUUGAUUAAUAAGACAUUGGACGUUAUAAAUCAAAUAAUCCUCUUGUUACUGGGAAUGCUCAGCCAUGCCCUUUUGAUGCUCAGUGCUGAUGCCACAGCCUCCACUACCUGUCUUAAGCAAUGUCCAGGUGGUACCUUCAAGACCCCAGCACUAAAUCAUCUGCAGAUUCCUUUCCCGUUCACUAUAAAGCAUUAAUAUGGCCUUUUCUUUUCUUCUUGUGCUAACAUUUUUGAAACGCCAACAUUCUGUAUUGGGACCUUAAGGAAAGUGGAUCCCAAGACCCUGCAACAGGUGGCAGGAUGUAUUUUAGGAAGAACCCCCCCCCCCCCCCCCCCCCCAAUGGUCUUAACACAAAAUGGUGGUAAUCUGGGUCUAGUAGUGUAUUGUUAGACUUGUGUCUCUCAACAAGAACCAAGUUUGUGCCAAAAGCAUUCCAUUUUGUAAUCAGUUUACAGUAACAGACGGAGAAGUACCCAGUGUUUACUCACACCUGUUAUUUCAGUUGCUUAAAGCUUUUUCUGCUGGGAAUGAAAGGGUUUGCAAUAGACAUCCUGUAGGUACAGUAGUAUUUAAAAAUGUUUCACUGAUAUCAUCUUUAUGUUGCAAGCAUUUUUUUUUAAUGAAGCCUCUGGUUAGACCAGUAUAAUUCAGCAUGGAUUGCUGUGUCCCUGGUCAGUUUGAACAUAUUGCUUAUGUUGUAUUGACUACCACUUUACCAUGGUCAAGUGGACAACCAUUUCUACAUGUAACCUGGACCACACUGUUCUGUUAGCAUUAAUAUUAAACUGGCUAAGGCUUUUCCACUAACUACCCCAUGUAGCAAUAUUGAGUACCCAGGAAAUUGCCAUAAACUUUCUUAUUGUUGUCUAUGACACCCUAAUCCAGGGUGAGCUGUGAUGAUUGAUCAUAACCACGAUUUACUGUGGCUAGACAGAGAAAAAUAAACAGGCUAUUUAAAAAAAAAAAAAAAUGCCAGCAACAGGCGAUUUAUUUUCAUCAUUUUUUAGAAUUUCUUUUUCAAAUGUUGUUUUGUUUUUUUUUUUUAACCUGUAUAUUUGUGUUGGUUUGAAAAUCACUCCUGGGGAGGUGCGCCGCAUUUCUUUACAAACACUCCACCCUAAAAGGCGUGACUUCUUUGAGUUUAUUUUUAUUUUAUUUUUUUUAGUGAUAUGCAUUACAAAAGAUGAUAUUUGAAAUCUGCCACAAGAAAAUACUAUAUAUUUAUCGAUGAUAAAAUUCAAAUUGUUUCAAGGAAAUACUGAUUUAAAAUAAUAAUUUUUCCCUUUUUUUUGUUCUAUAUUUAGUGUGCAUAUAUAAUUGUGAACAGUCAAAUGUUGCCAAAGAGGGUGCAAUAUUUAUUUUUAAAUAAAAAAAAAACAAACAGAAAAUAUUACUAAAACUAUGGAAUAUUAUUUUUAAAUAUGGAUAUA